CACAUUUUUGGGUGAACUAUCCUUUUAAGAAUCAAACAAAGACUUAUGGAUUGACCUCUGAUAUGAAUAUUGGGGAGGAGGUGGUGCACAUCACUUUUAAUGUUAAUGUCCCUCUUCCUUUUUAAUCUUUACUGUGUGAUAAUGCACGAACAAAUAGGUAUAUUAUUAUUUUUGUUAUUAGAAUUUGCUUACUCAAACCUACUUUAAAUACACCCAUGUUUUGUAUACUGCAAAGUAUUUUAUUUUAUUUUUUCUCUCACGCAAACGGUCUGUUUGUACUCGGCAGGGUUCUUGAUCAUAUUUGUUGACAAAAAUUACUCAUGUUUCAUUCAUCUUGUAAUAUGCUGCGCCUCUUGCUCACUGGCCAAAUCCCGUUGCUGCACCAUUUCAACCAAUAGGGCUGCAUGCAUUACAGCUGACAGGUCGGGAUGAACUGUGGCCAUUGCAUGAACUGUGUGCGAUGCACCAUUGCACUUUUACACACUGAAAUGGCUCAAACUUCUAGCCCCUAUCAUAAGUAACAUAAACAACACCACCGUUAUGCAUUAUUAAAACAGUCGUAUAGUUGACAUAGUGGAUGGCCUGCUUUUCUGAAGGGGCGUGUUCUCGACUGAAAGCUCCGCUCUGCCUCUCUGUGUCUGGCGAGCAACUAACUCUACCCAGGCAGCGACCGUUGUAGUACUCGAUGCUGAAAGUAGCUAGCUUGCUUCGUCAGAAACCCACGACAGCGAUCUCGUCUCGAUCAGAAGUUAGGAUGCGAGAAAUGCAUUCAGAUACAUUUAUGGGCAGAAGACAUUUACAGCAGGAAACUAUGGAGGACUGAGAGACGGCAGGACAUUUUAUCGGCGAAAAUUUGACCGGCUUUUCGGCCAAGCCGCCAGCAUACACAGCCAGCGCCAAAAGGUUUCUGCGUAUCUACAGACGGUUUCCGCGCCCGGCGGACGAAUUGCGGUUGGAAAAUAAGUUCAAGGUACAAGGUGCUGUGUGGUGUAAGUGCCUAUGAGAAAACCACGGCAGAGGGGUGGCCUGCCCGGGGCCUUGGCAAGCGAAAGAAGUGAUGCCGUAGACACGGCUGCAGCAGGUAGGGGGACAUCACAGCCACAAUCACCCUCUCCCUACCGGCCGAAAGUUUCACCCACCAGAGAAACCCUGACGUAUGCCCAGGCUCAGAAGAUUGUAGAAGUGGACCUGGAUGGAAGAUUGCAUCGGAUCAGCAUCUUUGACAGCUUUCCGGUCAUUACUGAGGACGAGAUGACCGCUCAGGACAUUACGGAGUGCAACAGCAACAAAGAGAACAGCGAGCAGUCAUCAGUGACUACAGUCGUAAGCUCGCCACGCAGAUCAGCUGCCCACAGAGGCAAAAAGAAAGAUACAAAGAAUUUGUCAUCGUCCCAUUCAUCACAAAACCACUGCUCCAACACUCACGGACAAUCUCAGACACAGUCAAAUCUGCACAGCCAUCAUGGCCCGCUACCCAAGCCCACUUUUAGAUUGCUGGAGUCAUACGAACCAGUGGAGGUUACCCCUCGCCCUAUGGCGUACUACCGCUACAUUGAAAAGUCUGGUGAGGAGCUGGAAACAGAUGCAGAGUAUGAUAUGGACGAGGAGGACAUGGCCUGGUUGGAGCUGGUAAAUGACAAGCGAGAGUCCGAAGGCCAGCCGCAAGUGUCACCUGAUACUUUCGAGCUCCUGAUGGACCGCCUAGAAAAGGAGUCCUUCUUGGAGUCCCGAAGCCAUGCGCUUUCGCAAAGCGUCAUUGACGAGGACGCCUUCUGCUGCGUCUGUCUCGACGAUGAAUGUCUCAACAGUAAUGUCAUUCUGUUCUGUGACAUCUGUAAUCUGGCUGUGCACCAGGAGUGUUACGGAGUUCCUUACAUUCCUGAGGGCCAGUGGCUCUGCCGGUGUUGCCUGCAGUCACCCUCUCGCCCAGUGGACUGCGUGCUUUGCCCUAACCGGGGUGGAGCUUUCAAACAGACCAGUGAUGGACGAUGGGCUCACGUGGUCUGUGCUAUUUGGAUCCCAGAGGUGUGUUUUGCCAACACAGUCUUUCUUGAACCCGUUGAGGGUGUUGACAACAUUCCACCGGCUAGGUGGAAGCUUACAUGCUACUUGUGCAAGCAGAAAGGUUGUGGGGCAUCUAUCCAGUGCCACAAAGCCAACUGCUACACCGCGUUCCAUGUGACUUGUGCACAGAGAGCGGGACUCUUUAUGAAAAUCGAACCAGUCCGAGAGACUACUGUGAAUGGGACUACGUUUUCGGUGAAAAAGACGGCGUUUUGCGAGGCGCACUCUCCGCCUGUGAAGGAGGGCUCUGAUGAUGAAGAAACUGGGGGGCGGGUUUUGGGGUGUAGAGCUAACAGGGGCCGCAGUGCUUAUAUUCAGACGCCAGAGCUAAAGACGCAGCGAGGAAGCAAUAAACUGAAUUCCAAACAGCAGCAGAAGAAAGGAAAGAAAGAAGAGGCAUCCAAAAAGGUGGCAACACCACUGGUGAUGGUCUCAGAAAUACCUACUCACAGGUUGAGCAAAAUUUCUAAAGAUGUUCUCAUACAGAGAAAGAAUCAGUUUAUGCAGAGGCUGCAUAACUUUUGGUUACUCAAACGUCAAUCACGCAACGGAGUGCCUCUCAUUCGCCGUUUACACUCGCAUCUACAGGGCCAGAGGAGUGCAGAACAGGUGGAGCCAGAUGAGAAGCUCAGUGCUGUGAGAGAAGAGCUGAAAUACUGGCAGAAGCUUCGUCAUGAUCUGGAAAGAGCUCGACUGCUGAUAGAGCUCAUCCGUAAGAGAGAGAAACUAAAGAGAGAGCAGUUGAAGAUUCUCCAGGCGGAGACUGAGCACUUGUUAACUCCGGUUUUGGUUCUGCUGCGCUCUACUCUAGAGCAACUUCAGGAGAAAGAUACCGCAAAAAUAUUUGCACAGCCUGUCAACUUGAAAGAGGUCCCAGAUUACCUGGAGUUUGUCUUGCAUCCCAUGGACUUCUCCACCAUGAAAUCCAAAUUGGAGGCUCACAAAUAUCGCUCAGUGACUGACCUGGAGGCUGAUUUCAACCUCAUGAUCACCAACUGCCUGCUUUACAAUUCUAAAGACACUGUGUUUCACCAAGCUGCAAUACGUCUGCGAGACCUAGGAGGCGCUAUCCUGAGGCACGCCCAGAGACAGGCCCAAAACACAGGCUUUGACCUGGACACAGGCAUGCACCUGCCAGAGUCGCCACACAAAAACGACUACUACCGCUGCACUUUUGAAGAUGUGGACACGCUGCUAGACCCUGAUAAUCGAUUGCACAUGACGACAGAAGAUCAGUUGAGGGAGCUGCUAGAUAAAUUAGACGUGGUGACAUUGAUGCGCUCAAGUGGAGCACGCACACGACGUCUCCGCCUGCUUCGCAGAGAAAUCAACAACGUUCGCUAUAAGCAACACACACGGAACUCGCACAUGCUGAAUGAAGACCUCAAAGAGGAAGAUGAGGAGGAGGAUAAAGAUAAGGAGACUGAUGGUGAAAAUAAUCUGUCGUUAUCAUCAUCAGACAAAGAUGACUUAAAAUCAACCCCUCCACCCAUGCUGGAACCCACAGGUCUAGCCCUGCCCCCUCCUCCAGGAGACACCCCCCAGGAACCACCUACUCUCCGACCCAUGACGUCUGACCCCAGGACCCCUCCAUGCCCGCUCAAGAGCCUCAAACUCAACAGCGAGAGCCAAGAAACUGAUUCAGACUCCGCCCUGAACAGCUCCAUCAAACCAGAAGAUAGCCUACCUUUGCCCAGCGAGAACAAACUGACCAACGGCCUUUCCUCCACCGAAUCACCAACACGGCCCACAACGGGAGGGGUCGGACGGCGAACAUCCGUCCUCUUCAAGAAAGCAAAAAAUGGGGCAAAGCUUCAGCGUGAAAAAGACAGUCAAAUGCAGAAUGGAAACAAGGAGGAGGCAGUCAGCUCUGACCCUGCAUGCACACCCAACUGCACCACCACAGUCAAGACUGAAACUUCAGCCCAGCCAAAACCUCCAACACCUCCACCCAUAUCGACCCCAGCCAAGCAGAGAGCAAGAAGUCGCAGCUGUAGCCCAGAGCGUGAUCAGGAGAAAACCCCUCCACGACUCACUCUAGAGCCUGCUCUCACAAAUGGAUUCCGAAAGCACAAGGUCUCUGACUCUGAAUGCAGCUCUUCUCCAACCUUCAAAGAACUUGCCUCGCCACCUAAAAAAAGCCGGGGGAAACCUGCUUUGUCCAAAGUGCCGUUCUUAGAGACUGUCAACGGAGACACUGACUACAUUGGGACUGUUGUGCUGUCAAAUGGGGACACACCUGAACCUGAACCUUUGGACUUGGUCUGGGCUAAAUGCAGAGGAUAUCCGUCCUACCCUGCUCUGAUCAUAGAUCCAGAAAUGCCUCAGGAGGGUUUGCUACAUAACGGAGUGCCCAUCCCUAUUCCCCCUCUUGAUGUACUGCGCCUGGGGGAGCAGAGGCAGGAAGAGGCUGGCGAGAAACUCUUCCUUGUUCUCUUCUUUGACAACAAACGCACCUGGCAGUGGCUGCCACAAGAUAAGGUUACCCCUCUCGGCGUGGACGAUACGGCAGAUAAACUGCGUAUGAUGGAGGGCAAGAAGACCAGCAUCCGGAAGUCUGUGCAAGUGGCCUACAACCGAGCUAUGAUCCACCUGAGCCGGGUUCGGGGAGACCAUGGUUUUGUCGGCUCCAACUACCUGUAGAACAGAGCAGCCAACCACAUCUGUCCUUGUUGACUACUCACAUGGGCUUGAUCUAAACUGACUCUGUAUUCGAUCUCCAUUACAUCAGGCCAGCUGAAACCCGUUUGGUUAAUGCUCCAGGUACAGGUUUCCUGAGCAAUUUAGUUCACUUUAGUUCAGUUCAUCAAUGUGUUCAGGAAACAAUCUCUUCAAUGAUUUGGUAGAGGGGUCAUUUGCGAUUCAAUCCCAUUUUUAUUUGUUUCAGGCAUGUAGAGGGUAUAGGUUGCUUUCUAGGAUGGGGUCCCUAAAGGGCGACAGUUUAUAUCAGUGAUUUGUGUAUUUUUAACUGGUGUCACUUUACGGUGAAGAGUCUAAACCAUCCAGACUCAGAGUUUUAGCUUUUGGGUCCAUUCAGAGCCAUUAAUUUCUGAAAAUGUAUCAUUUUAAAUGAUCAAAUGAAUGAACUUAAAGAAUAUAAAGGUCUGAAUGAAUCACUGCCAUUUUCUUAUGAUAGCUUUUUACUUUUCAAAGUUUUACAAACCACUUCUUGUACAUUGUAAAGACACUCAUGUAUAUAAGUUUUUUUUAUCAUAUUGUAUCUAAUUUAAUUUUUUCUCUUGUUUAUUGUGAAAUAAAUUGCCUGGAGGAAUGAAGAAAUGAA